UUCUCCGGUUUUCUUUCGUCCGGGCCUCUGCUCCUUGGGUUGCACCCCCAGGGAGGCGUAUUGCAGAUCGGGGCUUCGGGCCGGUGGUUGACGCCGCCCGGCCGCGCUCUCAUCGCGGACUUGCCUCUCUCGCCCGGUUUCUCGUCUCGUCAUGGCGAGGUUCUGGGUCUGCGUGGCCGGCGCCGGCGCCGGCUUGUUUCUGACGUUUCUGGUUUUGCAUUCGUGUUUUUGUGGCUCUUCGAUUUCUUGGACGCCUGAAAAUAUUCGUUACCGGCUGGAUGUGGGUUGGCCGAAGUAUUCAGAAUACUUUUCUGGAACAACAUUUUGUGUUGCAGUUGAUUCUUUCAACGGAUUGGUUUAUGUAGCACAAACAGGGGUUAAUAUCCCAAAGGUAUUAGUGUUCACAGAGGACGGAUAUUUCCUACGAGCCUGGAAUGAUACAGUUGACACACCUCAUGGUAUAUUUGCAGCCAGUACACCAUAUGAAAGAUCUGUCUGGAUCACGGAUGUAGGAAGUGGAUCUUAUGGUCAUACUGUUAAAAAAUAUAAUUCCUUUGGUGAUCUUAUUCAAGUCUUGGGUACCCCAGGCAAAAAAGGCACUGAUUUGAACCCCCUGCAGUUUGAUAACCCUGCAGAGUUGUAUGUGGAAGACACAGGCGAUAUUUAUAUUGUGGAUGGAGAUGGAGGAUUGAAUAACAGAUUGUUCAAACUGUCCCAAGAUUUCAUGAUCCUUUGGUUGCAUGGAGAAAACGGGACAGGGCCUACUCAGUUCAACAUACCUCACAGCGUUACAGUUGAUUCAGCUGGUCGGGUCUGGGUUGCUGACCGAGGAAAUAAAAGAAUCCAAGUGUUUGAUAAAGACACUGGGGAAUGGUUAGGAGCGUGGGAUAAUUGUUUCACAGAAGAGGGACCAUCUUCAGUCAGAUUUACUCCUGACGGGAAGUACUUGAUUGUAGCCCAGUUGAACCUUAGCCGGCUCUCAUUUGUGGCAGCACCCCCAGUAGGCAGCAUCGGCAGCUGUUCUGUGGUCAGCACCCUCCAACUUGCAGAUCAAGUUUUGCCUCAUCUCUUAGAUGUGGAUAGGAAGACUGGAGCAAUCUACGUAGCAGAAAUUGGAGCAAGACAAGUACAAAAAUACGUCCCUUUGAGUAGCUGGAAACCCUUGUGGCAUAGUGGUUAAGUGCUACGGCUGCUAACCAAAAGGCCUGCAGUUCAGAUCCACCAGGCGCUCCUUGGAAACUCUAUGGAACAGUUCUACUGUGUCCUGUAGGAUUGCUGUGAGUCGGAAUCAGCUCAACAGCAAUAGAUUUGGCUUUUUGGUUGAGUAGCUAUUUUCUUUCACUUGGUUCGUAGCUUUUCUUUUCCUGGAGAUCUUUCCAGGUGCAGGUUCAGAUUCGCAAAUUCAUCAUUAAGUGCUUAAAAAUGAUGUUGAAGCACAAGAAGAUAUUUAUUUUUAGCAGAUCUAGUAUUAGAUUUAUUUUUUAUAUUAUCAUGAAUCGGGUUUUGUUGCCAUUCUUAAGAAUUAAUUUUACCUGUAAGCACAUAAAGGUAUUUUAGUGAAAGAAAUAUAAUUCUAAGAAAGUAGGGUCAGAAAGAGGGAUUAAGGCUGUAACUUAGAUUCCCUGGUACUUUUCCCUAGGGAAAAUGGGAAUGAAAGUGGGCUUGGAGGAUAUUUUGUUGAAUUUCAUGUGAAGUACCACAAACCUCAGUUUGUUCACUUUAUAUAAAAUGAACAGCUUGAGAGAUGAGUCAAAUAUGCUAGUUAUUAGUUUAAGUAGCCACCAAGUGCUGGAUCCUGAAGAUUAAUGAAUGAAAAGACAGGGCUUCUCUGUAUUUUGAGUAGCUUGUAGUCCAGUUGGGAAAAAAAGUUAAAAGCUUGCUGUGAACUUUGGUAGUUUUUUUUUAAAGCCCAGCUUUGCGUUGAUCCUUUAGCUAUAAGAUACUUAACGUUAACCUUUAAAUGUAGGAAUAAAAUGGCAUCUAAGCACUUUACCAAAAGGGAUUUUUGCAAAUAACGAAAAAAAAAUUUUUUUAUAAAUGUAGGAUUAAAUAUAGGACCAUUCUCCAUAGUGUUUCCCUGCAGCUUUCUUUCUUUUUUUUUAAUAACGCAAACUCAAUUCAUUCCUAACAUUGUCUACCUCAGUGAAGUUUCAGGGUAAUUAUUUAUAUGGAAAUGUUUGCCAAACACCUAAGAUUGAGAUGACUGGAUAUUGGCUUCUCAAUUAAGAUAGUUUUUCCAUUCUAGUUUAUCCCAGCUUUUGGGGAGCGUUGCCACAUCAUGAAUUUUCAAGUCAUUUUUUGCCUUUCAUGCUAUCAGCUUCCCUUCUUACUCCAGUUUACUGUAAAUUUUGCUGAUUGUCCUCUCACUCAUCAUAAACCAAAAAAAAAAAAAAAAACCCAAACCCAUUGCCGUUGAGUGGAUUCCCACUCAAGCUGGAGUCUUUUCUAGACUCAGGAGCUCACACUUGUUUUGAUGCUUGGAACCUAUCUUCAUGUUAGUAAGGCAGAUCGGCCAAGAAGGCCGUUGGUAAGUGUUUGUGCCAGGGACUGAGCUGUGUGAUACUGAACGUCACUGCCGUAGGCCUUAGCUUUCUCUUCAGUGGAAUGGGAAUAUCAUUUUUUUUCCUCACAAAUGCUGUGGGGAUCAGAUGUGCAAACAUUCCCUUUAACACAUAUAGUUACAGGCACAUUAAAGGCAUUUUAUUAACAAAGGUCCUUUUAAAUGUGCUAUUUACCUGAUACCAGCUGUCAGGUUUGCCUUAAUUUUGGUUUUAAUUCUUUUAUCCAAACAUAUCCUCACAAACUUUAUACAGUUUAACUAAUACAAUAGAUUUAUUUGCAAAAACGAGAGUAAUUUGAGGUAUUUGUUUUGGUUUUAAGCCAGGACGACAAGUGCAAAUGUCUCUUUGAAGGAAUGCAGGUUAGGUAAACUGAUUUUAUCAUCUCUAAAAUAUUUUAUUUAACUAGUUUGUACCAGAUAUUUAUAAAACUUGUCAAAAGCAUUGUUCCUAUAUAUAUUGCUAAACGUGUUCAGUACUCACUGUAACCAUCUUUUACUUUUUUCCCUUUGGAUUAAUUAACUAGGUGAAUGAGAAAUAUAUUGCUUUUUGUAUUAAAAAACAUAAAUUAAAAUUUUGGAAAGAAAAGGCAAUAUCGUCUGGCUUCCCAGGUAUACCAGCAUGGCCACCUGCUGUCCUUUGGUUACUAUUUGCAUGGAAUAGUCUUUUCCAUCCUGUUAUCUUUAACCUGUUUGUGUCUUUGAGCCCAAGGUGUAUCUCAUAGACAGCAUAUGGAUGGGUCAUAUUUUCUUACCCAUCCUGCCACUUAGCUGCUGACACACAUCCCUUUAUAUGAAACAAACUGGCCCUGCUGUAAUUAAUCUUUCCUCUUUAUCAUUUCUGGAAGGCCCUUUUUGAAUUACUUGCACUCUGCCGUCAGCUUACAGUCCCCUGUCGUUCAUGAUGUUCAUCAAGAGAUAAGAGGAAAAGAAGUUGAAGGCAAGGAGCCUAUGAGAAUUGGCGUAUGAGUGACAUAGUCCAGGAACAGCGCUCUUACCGAGGGGGAGACAUGAGUUAGCGUCUGUGCCUUUUUUUACUAAACAGAUGUCAAAGUAACUUAGAAAGUCAGUUCCUGUGUCAGCCGACCACCCAACGUUGUACCUGCACCUGACGGGUUUUGUGGGCAUGUAUGCUUUAUUGACAAACAACCCUGGAAUGGCACUAUGCUUUCAUCACCUGCCGUGACAGCUGAUGACACAUAGAUUUCCUUUAUGGGACUGUUGAAAGCAUUGAUAGUAGGAUGCCAUUUGUGAAGCCAGUUGUAGCCAGUUUCUCCUUGGGGCACAGCUUUUGAAUUGUCAUUGCAGUGUGUGUUCUUGUUCAGUUUCUUCAGUUCUGUUUUAGCGAUAAGUUCUGGCAUGGAAGUUACACCGAAGAGGGGCCACUGGGUCGGUAACGUGGAAGCCCCACAAGACGUGUAUGCCCUUCAGUAUAUGCACAGCAGUGAAUGUCUUAUUUUCUUUAUGGUUAUAGGCUGCCAGUUUUUACUUGGCACUCUAACCUCCUGCCCUCUGUAUCAUCUUGUAUGCUUCUACGCGGCAUACAGAUUCAUUUGGUCCUUUAUAAUUUCCAAGAUUUUUUUGAUAAACACAGACCAAAAAACCUACGUUGGUAUCUUCAGGAGUCAAGUCUGGGAAAACUUUGGCAUCUUGCUCAAGCGAGCCCAUUAUCUGCUCAAAUGAGGAGACGUCUUUGCCCCAUCCCCCUUCGUUUCCUUUGCUGUCACCAGGGCCAUCAGCAUCUGCUUGAGUCCUUUCUUUUGUGACAUCGACUGUGUCAUCAUCCUGUGACACCGUGUAACUGCCAUUGUCACCAUUGCAUUGAGCUUCAGAUUCACAAAAACUGGCAAGCUCCUUCGAUGCAUCUUUGUCACAGUCCCUCUCAGAAUCAUCUGCAUUCAGGGUGAAGAAAAUAAAAUUGCUACAGCUUCGUCAGCUGUUUAAGUAGCCAUUUCUGAAAAAGAGAAGUGUUUCAGGAAUAAGGAAUUCCAGCCUCCCGUAGAAAUAAAAGUCCCGAAAAGGAAGUGCUGUCACGGGAACAUGACUGCUGCAGUCCAUUGAAUAUUUCCUGAUCACAAAAACAGCACCUUCCUAUUAACACUUAGGAAACAAGUGAACUUGCGAGGCUUAUUUCCCUGCACAGAAGCCCAAAAAACAAAAAAUUUGAGUGGGACUUACAUAUCCCAGUGGUUUUUCAGCACGGUAAAACGUGAUUACACUUUAUGGCCCCUGAAAAUAAAUCAUUCCGUUGAAUAUUUCCUAAUCAUGAAAACAGCACCUUCCCAGUAAUGCUCAGGAAACAGUAAGUGUACUUCCAAGUCUUAUCUCCUUGUGGAAAGGUAAGAGACAAAAGCUUCAUACAAGCACUCAUCUGUAUGCAGCACUUCAUGUGCUGACCUCUUGUCAUAGCAGCGUGGCACCAGUGAACUUCCUUCUGUUUCACAGUGUCACACAAGACCCCACCCUGAUGCCACCCUAUAGUAGUGGGGUUUGAGGAUCUCAAUAAAAGAGGUCGAAAACAUAAAUUCUGCUGGUCACAAAAGGGCUAUCCCGGAUUUCAAGGCAGGUUUCACCUGGGUAUCUAAAUUCAUGAAAAAGGAAUGGUCUUUCCGUGAGAAAGAACUGCUGUAGGCCAGCAACUUCCAGAUGACUGCAGAGGAAAAGAUGGUCAGGUCCAACAAAUUCAUCACCAAAGAAAUCUCUGAACUCAGUAUCACGGCAGUGGACAUAAUUAAUAUUGACAGGGUUCCAGUGUCAUUUGGCAUUCCAGCCACUAGGACUGUGGCUGCUUCAGGUAUGAAAACUAGCCAUUAGAACCACUAGGCACAAGAGGACUUGCUUCACUGUAGUCAUUGGUUGCACUGCGACUGGGAUGAAAUUAGAGCUGAUUGUGAUUUUCAAGAGAGUUACCAUGACCCG